AUGAAAGAUGGCAUCGGCUGCAUAGAAGAGGAGAAAGAAGCUCUUCUCAAGUUCAAAGAUGAGCUCAUUGAUGAAGAUGGCCAACUCUCUUCUUGGGGAAAUGAAAAAUAUAAAAGGGAUUGCUGCAAAUGGAGUGAUGUUAGUUGUGAUAAUCAAACUAAUCAUAUUGUUGAGUUGGAUCUUUAUGAUAUGCAUCUAAGAGGUAACAUUAGCGUCUCGUUGCUUGAAAUACAACAUUUGAAAUAUCUGGACCUCACUUACAAUGAUUUCCAUUAUAGCAGAAUCCCACAUUUCAUUGGUUCCCUAGGUAGAUUACAGCAUCUUUAUAUCAUGAAUUCUAAUUUUAGUGGAGAAAUUCCAUGUCAUCUUGGCAACCUUUCAGAAUUGAAUUCUCUUUAUCUUGGCUCAUCUGAAGAUGGUUCGCUAACUAGCACAAAUCUUGAUUGGCUUUCUCGACUUCAUUCAUUAAGUAACCUGUACAUGAGAUCCGUUAACCUCACAAUGGCAACCAAUUGGUUACAAACAAUAACUAAGCUUACUAAGCUUCAAUCUUUAUCCUUAUAUUCAUGUAACUUGCCAAUGGUACUUCCUCCCUCACCUUUCAAUGCUUCUAAUUCUCUUUCUGACUUUACACUCUCGAGAAAUGAGUUCUCUUCUUCUUGGAUAUUUCCUUCGGUGUUUAACUUAAGCAGUAGCCUUAAUUUCCUUGACCUCAGUUUCAACAAAUUACGAGGUGAGAUUCCAGUAUCCUUGAUGAAUACGAGUAGUUUAGAAAUUUUACGUUUAUUUGGUAACGAACUCACGGGGGAUUUGUCUUGUCCUACAUUAUCUUCCUCUUUGACGACCUUAGAUCUUUUUGAUAAUAUGUUUAAUGGUACCAUUCCCCAAUGCAUAGGAAGUCUUUCUAAACUCAAAUAUUUGCAUCUUGGUUCAAACAACUUUGAAGACAUAAUCACUGAAUCGCAUUUCUCUAAUCUUUCCCAAUUAGAUGAUCUAGACUUGUCUUCCAACCCAAGUAUCUCAUUCAAUAUCAGUUUAGGAUGGACUCCUCCUUUUCAACUGACGUCAUUAGGAUUAUCUGGUUGCAAAGUGGGUCCACAUUUCCCCACAUGGCUUAGAACACAAAGGAGAUUACAUUAUAUUUAUAUCUCUAAUGCUGAAAUUUCAAACACCUUCCCUGAUUGGUUUUGGGAGCUAAGUCCAAAGUUAUCAUAUUUAAAUGUAUCACACAACAAUUAUCAAGGUGCCCUUCCCGAUUUGUUGUCAAAUUUCACUACUACUGCUUUCAUAGAUUUGAGCUUUAAUCGUUUUAAUGGUUCAUUACCAAUUUUGCCUUAUAAUGGAUCUGUAAUGGAUUUGUCGAAUAAUGAACUUUCUGGGUCAAUUACCAAUUUCUGCAAUGAAACUAGUCCCCGUUGGCAUUUUCUUGACCUCUCUAAUAACUUACUAUCUGGACAACUUUUGGAUUGUUUUGAAAACCUACCGUAUUUGAGUUAUCUUAAUCUGGCUCAUAAUAAUUUCUCUGGAAAAAUCCCUUCACUAAAUGUCACUUCAUCAUUGCACUUAAAAAACAACAGUUUCACUGGAGAAAUUCCAACAUCGUUGAGGAAUUGUACUUUCUUGACUUUUAUUGAUCUUUCUCAAAAUAAGUUGACUGAUAAUAUACCUAUAUGGGUGGGAGAUACUUGGACUUAUUGGUCUUUCUGA